AUGGCAGAAGGCCAGACCACAACAGUUUCUUGGGUGGAAAUGGAAGAUGGAUGCCGUUUAUAUGUCAAGAUACUCGGCGAUGACUGGACUAGAUCGAAGCCACUCCUCAUUUCGCUGCACGGCGCGCCUGGCCUGUCCACCCAUGCUGAACCAGAGGCCUCCUACACAUUUCUCUCGGACGCAUUUCGGGUCUUGGUGUAUGAUGCUCGUGGCAGUGGCGCAUCUAGCCACACCGGACCUUAUACUCAUGAACGCUGGAUCAAAGAUAUUGAGAACUUGAGACAGUGGGCGGGCGCUGAAAGAUUCAUCCUUGCCGGGGCCUCGUACGGAGCAUUCCUCGCCCUCGACUACGCCAUAUCGCAUGGAGACCGAUUGUACGGAUUAAUACUUCGAGGAGCAUGGGCCAACGGAAAAUUCGGCCCAAUGAAUGUGCUGGCGAACAUCUUGACUUCGAACAAGGUCCAGGCUGACAGAGCACGCCAAGUUCGGCUCUGGUCGGGAACCCUGAUUGACGAUCAGGAUUUUGAGGAUUCGAUUCAAGAACUGCUCCCGUUCUAUGCGCCCCCGGAGACCGACUCAAGCACGACGACAGCGCCAGAGUCGACCGAGUUUCGGGGAUCUGUGAAGUUCUACUCUGCCACUCAGAAUUCUGCGUUCGGCGAGAACAUGCCACGAUUUGAUGUGCGCAGUCGGCUUCAUUUGAUCGAGGUUCCAACACUGCUUGUCGUCGGACGCCAUGACAACGUCACCCCAGUGACAGCCAGCCAGGAAAUCGCCAAUGGUAUUCCGCAUGCGAAGUUGGUGAUCUUCGAGCACUCGGGCCACAGUCCAGCCUCUGACGAGCCGGAGAGGUUCGAACAGGUCUUAUCCGACUGGAUUAAGGCUGAGGGUAUGCUAAAUCCAAGGCCCUAG